AUGAAUGGCGAACCUGCUCGCGUUCACGACCAGCUAGUCCCGAAUGGCGCUCAGCCAUCCAAAGCCCCUUCGCCGGCUGACAUAAAGGCGCUAAAAGCCACAGCUGCCGCGACAGCUCCGUCGGUGGAGAGUCCAUCUAGCAACAAUGUCCAGACAAAUGGCAACCAUAGCGCCUCAAAUGGCUUCCAUGCGCCCAAGCGAGACUAUCAGGCAGCCCCGGAAGACGCCUUGUACCGUGUUAGCGAUGCCCACUAUCUUCCUAUGGCCACGCUCGUUGGGAGGACAGCCCAGAAUUGCUGGAAUGAUCUCUAUCAAUUAGUCGACCAACUUUCAGAUAUCGCCAUUCCCGCACAGUCGGCAGAUCCUGGUCGACCUCUGUCUUACAGUCUGCAAAGCAACAACCAAACCAAGGCGAAUCUCGAUAAGAAGGACCGAAUUCUGAACUUCGCUAGCGAGCAGAAGGCUGUCUUCAUCAAGCUACUCGUCUUGCUUCAGUGGAGCAAGAAUGUCCAGGAUGUAUCAAAGACGAUUAGUCUCAAUUGGUGGCUUCAGGAGCAGCGAGACGCGUACAGCGCAGCAUGCAACCUGCUGUACACUUUCAAGUUUAUUGCUACAAGCUGGCAGACACCCAACCCUGAUAUUCGCACGGCUGGCGAGAUACUCAGCUUACAGCGAGCGGCAUCCCUCUCAAACCUCGGCUAUCAUAAGACGAAACGCCUUUCGAAAAGGCGGAUGAUCUCGACCCUGCAUCGGCUCAACAAUAUCCUGACGGCAAGACUCGCUCUAGAGCCCCUCAUUCCGAAGCCGAUACGGACCUAUAGGAUACAUGACGGCCGUGUCACCUUUACGGUGCCCAACGAAUUCGAAGUCGAUCUUUCCAUCCUCGAGGAAGAUGACGUAUCGCCCUAUCGAGCCGUGGAUUUUCGUUUCCUCAUCAAACCGAGUCCGAAGAUAUCGGUAAACUUGAGGGCGCACGUGGAGAGCCAGAUAGACGCCAAGUUGGCUUCUGACGGCCUUGCCGGCUGCUACGAGUUUCUACACCAACUCAGCCUUUCGAACCACCUGUCAGAAUUGCACAGACAAGCUCUGGAUCUGGCUCGCAAUCAAUGGGCGGGAAGCUUGCGAGUGGAACUAAUCCGUCGCAGUCUGAUCAUACAGUAUUGGGCCGAGCGUCGAGCGUCAAAAUCAUGGCUUGAAAUAGGCAUAUACAGCUCCGACGGUGGAGCUACUGCACAGGACAAUUUACGGUCAUCAUAUCUUGGCUAUCGAUGGUAUCGGGAGGGCAAGCGAAUCGACGACUUUACGUUAAAUGUAACAUCGUCAUCAGCAUCUCUGGAUGUUUUCCUUAAUCAGGUGGUUGCGCAACACUGCACCCAUAUUCUUGACGCCAUCUAUGAUAAGUUGGCGUCAAGCGAUCUGUUUCGGACAACAGACUUGUUGCUCGAACAAGAGAGCUCAUAUGAAUCGCCACAGGACUGCUUCUUGCGGAUAGGUACAGGCAAAGAAACCAGCAUCAGCGUCAGCAUUGGCGCAGUGGACGGUAUUGCUGUUGUUAGCCCAGCCUCGGAAAGGACGAAUCGAUUUCAGCUCGAUCUGAACCGAAGCAAAAACCUCGUCGAAGAAUUCACAACCAAGUUCUCCCAUUUCCGUUGCGUUGUGGCAGAGGGCGUUGUGCGCAGCAGCACCUCCGGCAGUCUCUGGCAAGCCUUGCCUGCGUUCCGGCCUAAGCUCUCGGAGAGUCGACGACUGUUUGGCUCGAAUGUGUCCCGAACAAACUUCUUCGCUCAUCCAACCUGGGCUGGACACUACUUGCUUGCCAUAGCAUAUAGAUCAACAGGUGAUACAUUCUCUGUGAUCCAACUGGACUCUGGAGGAGCUUUGUUGGCAGGGGCAAGAGUCGUGCAUACCGAACCUCUGUCGUUCGACAGCGCCUCUUCUGCGGAGUACUUUACAGACCUGUUCCAAUACGCGUCGAAGGUCGUGGCUCUGGACAAGAUCAUUCAGAGCGCACAGCAAGAGCAGACGAAGCUGACUGCGCCGCAACUAUCGAUGUUUGGUUCAGGCCAUUCGUCGCCAACAUUCUCAGUACAGGUCGGGCUCCCACCGUUAGUGGCAACAGAGGCGCGGACGUUCGUCAAACUUCGAUUCCUGGACACAGAUCCGUCAACGCAAGAAGCGAGAAUCCUGGUGCAGCUCAAAUGCUUCGCAGACGCUGGCGUUAUGAAAAGAUUGAGCGACUCAAGUCCCAGCGCGAGCAUCGAAUUCAGCCCACAGAAUCAUCAAUUGGCCUUGCACCUAUCCCUAACGUUUGACGAGAUUAGACUGAGCAAUAUUACCCAGCAGAUUCGACGAUUACAUGAUGUUGUGAUGACGGCACAGGCUUUGGAAAGAACACCAUUUGUCACAAUCACGAAUCUUUCAUUUGAUGCGAUGGAGCUGGCAUAUAAGUUCGACAAGUCCGAGGAAUGGUCUCUGAAGCUGCAAGCGCCGACGGAUGACAGCGGUGCACGUGUCACGUUCCUGCCAUCGGAAACGAACCCAUGCACCUGCCUCAACGGCGUUCUGUCUGAAAUGCUAAACAACACCAAAACAGCCUUCGUGAGCAGACUACGGGACAUGCUCGGCAUACUCUCCAUAAUGAGCCCUUUGUUGACCAAACUUCGUGAACUGCAGAACAGCUCUAGUCAGCACGAAGCAGACGCUUCCGUCAAGCAACCUCGCCUGCAUGUUCUGGUACGCCAGCCGACGAUGCUAGCGCUCCAGUAUUACACUGUCAGUGAUGUGAAGCAAGAUGCGGCCAUCGACGCUGCGUCUGCCUCGAAACUGCUCGCAAGAUUCGAGAUACUGCCGUUGGAAGGUGCGAAGAGCAUGUUCGCUAUCCGCCAUGCGAUCGAGGAGCUCAGCAGCUAUCAGAGACCGUCUUAUGCGUCGAAUGCAGUCCGAGACAAGGUCAAGCAGGGCAUAUUCCAGAACAUCACCGGCUCUCGAGACUGGCUGUGCUAUGACACAGCUGCGGGCUUCCUUGCCAGUCAACCGGAGCAGAUCCUCGACGCUCUGCACCAAAUCAUGAUCGAGUGCGCCAAUUUGCCUGCAGUCGAAGCAGACGGGGCCAAGGAUGACGGCGCCAAGGUCAUUGACGCUACACAGAGUAGGCAGCAAGGGCCUUCCAACGGCAUUGCGCCUAAGAGUGCGCCGCAGAAACCUCAGCAGAACUCCAAAGCGCCUGUAAGCCAGCAGCAGAAGCACAAGCAGCAGCCGCCCAUGGCGAAGCGGGGAAGUUUCCACAAAACAGGGAGGUGA